AUGGCUGCGUACAAUUUUGGAACAGUUUUGAGUUGUUUGUCUUCCUCAAAUCGCCAACCUAAUCUUUCCAUUCGUUUCAACCCUAAUUUCAUUUCUAUUAGCACCAAUCUGUCUCUCCGUUUCAUUACUAGUAACAGUAAUGAGCAACCAAAACAUCCCUGUUUCAGGUCAAUAUUCUGUGUUGCCGCACUCAUACCUCAAAGGCUUCCCACCCGACUACAUGGAUUGCUCGCCGAUGAUGAUUCUGUAACCGUUCCUCCACCCCAAGAAUCACACAAUUCUGAACCGGAUGCUAGUAUUGACUUAAAUCUUCCUAGAAGAAGUUUGCUCCUACAAUUUACAUGUGACUUGUGCGGUGAAAGAACUAAGAGGCUUGUUAACCGAUUAGCUUAUGAAAGGGGUGCCAUUUUUGUUCAGUGUGCAGGCUGUCAACGGCAUCAUAAAUUAGUUGACAAUCUUGGACUAAUCACGGAGUAUGAUUUUCGGGAGAAAAUGAACACAGACUCAGAAGUUGAUCAAAUUUGA